GCCUAGAAAUCACUGCUAUCUCUUCCUAUUGGUUCGUUCCUAAAGAGACUACGAAAUCGGUAGCCAGUAGGAACAGAGUGCGCUAGCAGGAGGUGAGUAUUCCGCCUGCUGAGGUGCUCUGGCGCAGAGGUGGGUGCUUGGCUCUACCUUCUGCAGCCUCCCUGGAGACCGCCUUGUUCUUGUGGCCUGCAGCAAAAUGUGGAUGACGCCCAAAAGGAGCAGGAUGGAAGUCGACGAGUCUCGGGUUUUCCGGCCCGAGUGGACCAAACGUUACUUGGUGGUGGAGCAUCCAGAGGGCAAGGGGGCCCUGUGCUUGGUCUGUCACCGCCUCAUCGUAGCCACCCGCGAACGCGACGUCAGACGCCACUACGAAGCGGAACACGAAUACUAUGAUCGGUACGUGGCAGAGGGCGAGCGCGCGACCCUGGUUGAGCGUCUGCGUCAGGGCGAUUUGCCGGUGGCUGCCCCGUUCACUCCGGAGGAGAGAGCUGCUCGUGCAGGCCUCGGGAUCUCCCGCCUCUUGGCCUUGAAGGGUCGUGGCUGGGGUGAGGUGGACUUUGUACACCAGUGCAUAGAGGUGAUGCUGAGAGAGGUACUGCCAGAGCACGUAGGUGUCCUGGAGGGCAUUGAUUUAUCUCCAGAAAUAACAGGGCAGAGGAUCCUGAGCAUUGACAGGAAUCUACGCAGUCAGCUUUUUAACCGAGCCAGGGACUUUAAAGCCUAUUCACUUGCCUUGGACGACCAAGCUUUUGUGGCCUAUGAGAACUACCUCCUGGUGUUUAUCCGCGGCGUGGACCACGACUUAGAGGUACAAGAAGAGCUUCUGACCGUCAUCAAUCUGACACAACACUUCAGUGUUGGUGCCUUGAUGGCGGCAAUCCUAGAGGCCCUACGGAGAGCAGGGCUUAGCUUGCAGCGAAUGGUUGGACUGACCACGACUCAUACUUUGAGGAUGAUUGGGGAGAACUCAGGAUUAGUCUCCUAUAUGAGAGAAAAGGCUGUAAGCCCCAACUGUUGGAAUGUUAUUCAUUAUUCAGGAUUCCUUCACUUGGAACUGUUGAGCUCCUACGAUGUAGAUGUUAAUCAGAUCAUAAAUACCAUAUCCCAAUGGGUAGUCUUGAUAAAGACCAGCGGCGUUAGGCGACCCGAGUUUCAGGCUUUACUAACUGAGUCUGAAUUGGAGCAUGGUGAAAGGGUUAAUGGACGAUGUCUGAACAAUUGGCUAAGAAGAGGGAAAACUUUAAAACUAAUAUUUUCCCUAAGAAAAGAGAUAGAGACAUUCUUGGUUUCAGUAGGGGCUACCACAGUGCACUUCACGGACAAGCAAUGGCUUUGUGAUUUUGGCUUUUUGGUCGAUAUUAUGGACCACCUUCGUGAACUCAGUGAAGAACUGCGAGUUAGUAAAGUCUUUGCUGCUGCUGCCUUUGACCAUAUUUGUACUUUUGAAGUUAAGCUAAAUUUGUUUCAGAGACACAUAGAGGAAAAAAAUUUAACACACUUCACUUCCUUCAAAGAAGUUGUUGAUGAGCUUAAACAGCACCUUAAAGGUGAUCAAAAAAUAUUUGAUCCUGACAGGUAUCAAGUGGUGAUCUGUCGCUUACAAAAGGAAUUUGAGAGACAUUUUAAGGACCUUAGGUUCAUUAAAAAGGACUUAGAACUUUUCUCAAAUCCAUUUAACUUUAAAUCUGAAUAUGCACCUAUUUCAGUAAGGGUGGAGCUAACAAAACUUCAGUCAAAUACUAACCUUUGGAAUGAAUACAGAAUCAAAGACUUGGGGCAGUUCUAUGCUGGAUUGUCUGAUGAAUCCUACCCAAUUAUCAAAGGGGUUGCCUGUAAGGUGGCAUCCUUGUUUGAUAGUAACCAAAUCUGUGAAAAGGCUUUUUCAUAUUUGACUCGAAAUCAACAUACUUUGAGCCAGCCAUUGACAGAUGAGCAUCUCCAAGCUCUGUUUCGAAUUGCCACAACUGAAAUGGAGCCCCAUUGGGAUGAUCUUGUGAGAGGAAGAAAUGAAUCUAAUCCAUAAAUCU